AUGUCUGCUAAUGAUCUUAUCGACAUGCGGAUCAUUACGCACAUCAGUGGCUUGAGAAGCAUGCCCAAGUCCAAACGCCUGAAGUGCAAAAUAUACUCCGAUGAGAUGGAAGUAUAUGUGUUCAAACUCGGCUGGCUUCCCAAGGGGUUCCAGUACAAGAAAACAGGCGUCGAAGUGCGGACGACAGCACAAAAAUGGAAGCCUCCAGCGGUACCAUUCGAUACCGCACCAUGUUGCAAUUCUUGA